AUGUCUCUUCCCGUUCUCUCACGGCCCCUGGCCGACCCGCCAACGGGGGCGCUGCCUCCCAUACCCACAAGCAAACCUCCUCGAAAGAGCUUACCACAAACACCAUCGCGAUUAAAAGCACCCUCAAAAACAUCAGGAUUACCUACACCGCAACCUGUUCAGUCGACGCCUGAUCUCUCAUCCCUCAAAAAUAACGAAAAGCCGUCAGGAAUUCCAUCCAGCAAGUCAGUGCGAAAGACCGUCAGCAUUGGCUCGUUUCCUCAGCCCCCAAAUGCGAACUCGCGUCCGCCAACGUCGGCCUCGAUGGCGUCUACCACAUCAAUCAAAAAGCGAACAUCAGAUGGAAAUGGCACACCCGUACAAGGCGCUUCGAAGGCCAGAAAGUCACCACGAGCUAGUGUCGCCGCAAGCUUUCGGUCGUCGCAGACCCCCAGUUUACUCAACUCCGCUGGGGAUGGAAUGUCCAUAUCUGUAAGACCGGGCCACCGAACAUCGGAUGCUCAAUCGAGCGUCCACUCUCCUCCACAAAGCAGGAGUUCUUCGGCCAACGGCUCGUACUCUACCAGCGCGACUACCAUUGAAGAAGGUGAUGAGGAUGCUCGAGGCCGGACAAAGGACCUUGACGAGAGCCUCACUGAUUCAAAACGAAAUUCACGGGGAAAGGAAGUCAAAGGCAACGUGAUUGUCAGCGUGCGGGUUCGUCCAGACCCAAGCACCCAGAGCGGUCCCCAAGCUGAGAAGGCUGAAGGCGAAUGGAUGGUUGAUGGCCGAAGAUCUCUCGUCGCCUAUCGCGGCAAAGAAGGAGGGGAUUACCACUACGAUAAUGUCUUCACUACCCAUGAUGACAACGCCAAAGUCUACGAUGCGGCUGCCAAACGACUUGUACGACGAGUGAUGGAAGGCUACCACGGCACAGUCUUUGCGUACGGAAUGACUGGCACGGGAAAAACCUUUUCCAUGCAGGGAACCAUGACAAGUCCCGGUGUAAUUCCACUCGCCAUCACUGACAUAUUCUCCUAUAUUAGGGAGACCCCGCACCGUGAAUUCUUGCUGCGGGUCAGUUACCUGGAAAUUUACAAUGAGAAGAUUCAUGAUUUGUUAGCUGUCCCUGUUGGUGGUGGUGGAGGAGGGGGGAUUCAACAACAAGAGGAGAUCAAGUUGCGUGAAGACAGCAAACGAGGCGUCUAUGCCACACCUCUCAAAGAAGAAAUUGUGCAGAGCCCUACCCAACUGCUCCGAGUUAUCCACCGAGGAGAUACGGCCCGCCGCACUGGCAGCACCCAAUUCAAUUCGAGAAGUUCUCGAAGCCAUGCUGUUGUUCAGAUUGUGGUGGAGAGUCGAGAACGAAUUCCCGGGUCUGGUUCGAUGCAGGAAAAUGGCAAGCGAGUAGCCAUGCUACCUGGAGGCGUCCGAGUCUCUACUUUGAGCUUGAUCGAUCUUGCGGGCUCAGAGCGGGCGGCCGAAGACAAAGAACGUCGCGCUGAGGGUGCUCAUAUCAACAAAUCACUCUUGACUCUGGGCACGGUGAUUGCGAAGCUAUCAGGCAAUAGGGACAAAAAUGGCAAUCCCACCGAUAAAGAUGGAAAACAUUUGCCAUAUCGGGACAGCAAAUUGACCCGUUUGUUGCAGCCGGCCCUGUCCGGAAAUUCAUUGGUGUCAAUUCUCUGCACGAUUCAAAUUGGAGCCGGGUUGACGGUCGCCGGAAACAACCACACGGGAGAAACGCUGAACACACUGAAAUUUGCGGCUCGAGCAAAGAACAACAUUGUCAGCCACGCCAAAAAGGCCACGGAAGAAAUGGGAGGUGGCGUCAAUGCUGGCCUCCUUGAACGCUACCGCGCCGAGAUCCAAAAUCUUCGAGCACAGUUGGAAGGACAACAGAAAUCUGCGGCCGAGAAGGAAGAGCGACAGAUAGAGAAAGAGGCCGAGCAACGACAUGAAGAACAAAUGCUAGAAAUGCAGCUGGCCCGAACGGCGCUGAAGGAGCGCAUUGAACAUCUCAACCGACUGAUUCUGUGCUCCAAGUCCACUGGCGUCAACAGUGGAUCAGUGUCAGCCUUGGGCAUGCACUCACGGCUGUCUGGUGGAACCGAAUUUGCCGGACCGCGGUCUGUACGAUCCUCAGCUAGUCAAUCAACCCUGGGGGUGAGUGGUGGACUGAAGCGACAUCCAUCUGUCGUCUCUCUUGGAGGCGUCCCAUCGACAUCUGCCCAUCUAUCGUUUUCGGGAAUUCCAGAUGAGGACGAAGAGACCGAAGAGGAUUAUGGCGACGGAAAAGCCACACUUCAGGCCCAGGUUCGAGCAUUGCAAGCGGACCUUCAGGAUAAGACCCGCUACAUCUCGACUCUGGAGAAGCGGCUGUUGCAAGCCCGGCGAUCGAGCCAUUCCCGAGUAUCCAUGGCAUUCAACAAGAGCUCGGGGGAUGACAGCGAGAUGCAGAGAAAGUUGGAGGAGAAGGAUGCCAUGAUUUCCGACCUCCAGAAAACGGUUGCGGCCCUUCGGUCGGCAGUUCGCAAACGGGAGAUCGCAGAGCUGACGCCAGAAAUGCCGUCGUCUGAAUUCAAGCAAGCCCGAACCCAAGCGAGCCAUCAGAGCAAUCACAGUAACAGCAGCUCCCAGCUGAGUAAUAUUUCGACGGCGCCGGGGUCUGGAGGACCGCGAUCACCACUCACCACGAGCCCGAUGACUCUUUUGUCGCCACAAAAGGCGAUGGAAAAGAAGCGCAAGACGGUGGAUGAGAUGUCCAAGAUGCUUGACGAGAUGAUUCAAGGCAAAGUGGAGAGUGGGCAGCUGAUUAAAGGUCGAUCUGCGUCUGUACGAAUCUCAUCACAAGCACCGUCCUCGUCUCGGCGACAUUCUCGACGGACGUCAAGUGCCGGCAAUGGUGCAUUGGGGGCGACAGGACCAGCAAUGGGAACGCUUGUUGCAUCAUUGCGCGAGCGGGAUUCGACGAUUGAACCACGGAGUCCAAAUUGA